AUGGACCCCUCUUCGCCGCCGCCGGCCUACACAGAAAAGCCUCCAUUACCACCACUACCACCACGGAAGCCAGUCAACUCUUCUAUACUGGAUACUAAAAUUCAACCGCCUUCCUCACCUUCUUCUACCCCUGGACCGUAUAUGCCACGAUCAUCUGGUCCAUGGCUUGGCCCUGACCCGCGUUCUUCCUCUACGCAGUCUCUACUCCCGGAUACAUCGUUAAACGGUCCAGACGGCGGCCAUUCCACAUCCGCUGGCGAUUAUCUAGGUCGGCGCAAAUUACUCAUUGUCUAUAUUCAUGGGUUUCUGGGCAAUGAUCAGUCUUUUCGAUCAUUCCCUGCUCAUGUUCAUGCUCUUCUCGCCAACCUCUUGGCCGACUCUCAUGUCAUUCAUUCCAAGAUAUAUCCACGAUACAAGACCUAUCGCUCUGUAGACGUUGCCCGAGAUAAUUUCAGCGAAUGGCUUCGACCUCACGAGUCCCCUACUACAGAUGUCGUUCUUGUUGGCCACUCUAUGGGUGGUAUCUUGGCUGCAGAUAUUGUGCUCAUGCCCAACCCAAGUCCAUAUGGCUCUUACCCUUUCAAACAUCGUAUUAUUGGUCACGUAUCCUUGGAUUGUCCAUUUAUCGGUCUUCAUCCUGGUAUCGUUGUGUCUGGUCUAUCCAGCCUAUUCAAACCCGCACCUACACCCCCUCAAGAUGGCAAUCAAGGCAGUGCUGGGGGCACGGCUCCUGGCAGCCCAGAUACUUCGAGCUUCGCAGACCCUAGUACAUCGUCCCUGUAUCUUGCCAAUUCACAAAGUACCGAUCCAGGAUCAUCUACGAGUAUUCCUUCAAUUGCGUCCUCAUCUCGCCCCCAACGUGAUCCUUUCUCAAACCAGCCCUUUUUCAAUCAACCCUUCUUCAACGACUCUGGCUUACAAGAACGUCCCUUUGUCCAACGAAUGUUCCAUUUUGCCAACAAGUAUCGCUCAGAAGGUUUAAUCCAGGCCGCUGCCAAACACAUCUUCUCCUAUCUCGAAUUUGGCAGUUGUCUUGCUGAUCCAGCCGGGCUUGAAUCACGAUAUCGCAAAAUUCGUGCUCUCGAGGAUGUUGAUGAGUUCCAAACAGGAGAUAUGAAACAUAGCUCAGUUCAUCCCCUGGCGAGGGUGCGCUUCGUUAACUACUACACUCUCAGUACGGGCCGCCCGAAAUCUCCAAAGCCAAGCUCCAAGGUUGGAAGCCCCCAACCAGAAAAUCAAAGCACAGUAUCCACCAAGGCCAGCCUCGACAUGUCAAAUAAUUCGGCAUCUUCGUCUUCUGUGGAGCUGGACUUCUCACCACACAAAACAGACACAGGUGAUGGAAACGAUCUCCGUCCUGGCCUCGGCAGUCCUAUGCCGAGCAUCACUUUGGAACAUCGAGACACUAUGGGUGUCUCUAGAAACCAACAAACGCUACUGGAUGCAGAUGCUAUAACUUUGAACGAUCGGGCAUCCAACACUACUAUCAAACGCGAGUCUUUUGGUGACGAUGGGUCCAUUGCCCCGGACAUGAAGAGGCUAUCUAUGCACAGUAUUGAUCCCACACCUAUUGAGGAUGACAUUCCUCCUCCUGCAGCUCAAGAUACUGUUCCCUCUACAUCUCAGAAUGAAAACCCUCUUACUCCCGUGGACACGGGCAAUGUAAUACCGGAGAAAACAGAUGCUGAUCUACCCACUCUUCCUGAACCCCCUACAGCUCCAGAGAUCCCCGACCCUAGUUUAUAUACCGACAAAGACGAGCGCAAGCAAGUCGAACGCGAGGCUAAGCGUCUCCGGCGUGUUCAUGAACACGCCCUGAAAGACCAUACCAAGGCAGUGCGAGAACGUGAGAAACUCGUCGAAAAGCGCCAAAAGCGUGCGCAGAAGGAGUCAGAAAAGGCACUCAAGGAUGCUGCUCGUCAGGAGAAGGACGCGUUGAAGGAGACUCAAAAAAAGGAGAAAGAAGCUCAGAAAGAGGAGCAGCGUAUAGCGAGAGAGACAGCCGAGCGCGAAGCAGAAGCUCAAAAGAAACAGGACGAGGAGCAUGAAAACAAUGGGGAUUACCAACAGUUCAAAGAAGCAGAAGAGGAAAGUCAGAGAGCAGCAGAGGCUGAAGUCAUCACCGAAGCUCGUGAGCUCAAAUCAACAAAACCUCGAAAAUUGCGCAAGUUCUGCAAUUUGCCUACCCAAGGUGGUCAGAUGACAGAUCCAACAUGGGUCGAUAUCUACAUGGCAGACGUCGACGAGGUCGGCGCACACUGCGGCCUCUUCUUCUCAGGGCCACAUUAUGAACGGUUGGUCGGCGAUGUUGGUAAUCGGAUCAUGGGAUGGGUGCAAGACGACCUAACCAAGAGGGCAAUUCAGGAUAUGGGCAUGUGA